GUUGUUUUGUAUCAAGAAAAUGCAAUGGCCGCCAUCUUCGAGUCUUGUGAAUGUUUUGGUCGUAGUUUCGAACAUUGAGGGCUUUUUCAUAUAUGAUAUGAAAUUAUCGAGCAGAAUUAGUUUCGCUACGUUAUAGGAAUUCUGAAUUCAUUUGUGUGUUGGAAAGAAUAAAAUGUGACUUUUGACUAAUUUCUGGAACAAUGACCUCGACUUGUCUACCGUCAUGUAUUAGUGGACUAAAAAUAUUUCCACAAGAGUUAUGCCGUGCUCAGAAAUUGUUAAUGAAGAUUGUGCUGGCAGAUGGAUAAAAAGUCAAUUUUCGCUUGCAGUCACGUAAAAUAACCUUGGAGGCCGGGAGCUCUCCAAAGCAUCAUCUCUGGCUUGACCCAAGAUGCUAUUCUCGGCAUGUCGGCGACAUCAGAAUAUGAACCAUCGGUCCGGCAAGGUUACGGGCCGACCACCUCCAGUGAUAACAUUUAUGAGCAUGUGUUGGAUCACAAAUUAAUUGAUACAAUGGAUAUAUCUAGUGUAAGAACCCCAGUACUGAGGGCCGUCACUCUGUCUCCCACCCAGGAUCCCGAACCCGAUUCCACUAACCCUGAAAGCAUAAUACAAUCUAUACAUAAAGAUAAAAAAGAUAUUGAAUAUCACAUUACUAAGAGGUGUGAAACUGAAAUGUCAUUAGACCCCCUUCCUAGAAUUGUAAGCAUUGAAGAAACUACUUAUGAUAAUGUCGGACAUAUAGCUUACCAUAGCAUACAAGAAACAGACGAAGUAGGCAAUGGUAAUUAUGUAGAGAACGCUACACUAAUACCUGCCCCUCUGAAUGCUGCUAUUGUCCAAAAUGUGACAAAACUCCCCCAAAACUUUACAAUUAAUGUAGAUGCAGCAGUUGGCAAUAUUACGGCCAUACAGAAUGUGUCUCAAGAUGUAACGGGUAACCAAACUCUAUGGCUGCCAACGAUCCUCGCUACAAGUGCUACUACGGAUAGUAAAAGUGAAGAGGAGACGCCGCCGGGCGUGUCGCAAAUAAUCAUUACAAGUGAGAGCUAUGUUAAUGAUGUCAGUCACACCGGACGGAGAACUAAUAUCAUAACAGAAACAAACUAUAUAAAUCGACCGAAGACAUCUAAGGUUCAGAUCUUAAGUAAUAUAUCGCUACCUAAAAAUUCUAACUACUCCCAACAAUAUAUAGCCCAAGGCAAGGAGGUGAACGCUCCUGUAUACGGAACCCAGAAUCAUGUGUAUAAACUGAAUACAAAUGUUGUAUCUCAGAAACAUUUAAACAGCACUAUGCUAAGCACAAAACCUCCGAAAAGCCAAUCUCUAAUAGGUGCUACUCUAUCUCCGAGUGUUAUAAAUAAUAGUCCAAUUAAAAACGUGCCAUACGGUCACACAUACUCCAAAAGCACAAACGUAAAUAAGGUAAACAAUGGUGCUAAUGUCAACACUAUGGUAACUGCAGCGACCGGUAACACUCAAUGCCACAUUUUAUCCAGAGUUGUGUCCGGACCUAACAAAAUAUCUGUACAUUCUGGUCGAAAAUCUGUAAAUACAUUCAAAGGGUCUAAAAACUCAACAACCAGUCAGAAGAAUCAGUCUAGGUCUAUAAAAAUCAUUCAGCAGACUGGCAGCGCUCAUAAGUCUGAAAAUAAAUCGUGGUCGGCGAAUAACGCGACGUACAAGAACCAAGGCACAAGUUACGGGGUUAUAGAAUCUAAUACUUCCAAAGUUAUACAGAAAGUUGGAAGUCCCACGCAUAAAAACCAGCAGACCAUGACUCUACAGAAGGUUCCUAAAGGCGAGCGUCUAGUGUUGCAGUCGCCUUGCGGGCCGGUCCUAUUGUCCACGGCUCCAUUGAGUAGUAGUUUACCCAAAGGCCCCCACUACGUUCAGUCAGGUUCUACUCCCAAUCUCAGAUAUGUUCAAACCUACGGUCCCGACAACCAGCUCUCUACAGUUUCCCAAGUGUCGGCUAACCAACAGUUGACUGCUCAGAUUUUACAGUCGCUAUCUCAGCCCAAACUCAUAUUACAGAGUCCUACACAGAUUCAACCAGUGAAAAAUAAUAUAAUACAACCACCCCUUGUGGAGGAACCAGCAGAUAUAAAACCUGUCAAUCAAAAGAGGAUUGUAUUUGGUGACAAAUCUACGCUUCUGACAGCCGAUGAUAUCAUCGGUAUGGAGGAAAAGCCAAACCUGUCGGAGGAAUUGCGUCGAUAUUCAUAUCAGCCGCUAGCAUUUGUGAUGCUGGAUCAUACAUAUGCCUUGCCAGCUCAAAAACAACCGACAGUCAGCACUCCGACAACAACAAUCUCAUCAGUGUCACCAGUGAUCUCGUCGCCGGCGACAACAACAGCACCGAUGAGUCCUAUGAAGUCAUCGCCGAUCGCUACAGUAUCCCAAGAAACUGCAGCGCCUAUACCGACAAGCGCUAUCGUAGCUCCGACGACGACAGCGCAGUCGUCUCUCACAUACAAGUCUUCCAUCCAAGAUGACGACACGGCAUCUGUGAUAUCUUCUAUAGAAGGUGAGAGGCGACCUCCCGCCCCGGGUGGCAGUGACACAGAAACCGCUCCCGAAGGAGAGGAAGAGGGAAAAACGAGGUGCAUCUGCGACUUCACCCACGACGACGGUUAUAUGAUAUGCUGCGAUCGAUGCGGCGAGUGGCAGCACGUGGAUUGCAUGGGCAUCGACAGGAACAACAUACCCGACGCAUACAUGUGUGAGCUCUGUCAACCGAGGACUAUCGACCGGCGACACGCUAGGGCCAUCCAACUGAGAAAGAGAGAGGAAUUAAGCGCUCUGGGGGCAUCGGAUUCCGAUUCGUCUGAAUGUAGUCGACCGCCAGGACAGAGAAGGAAACGUCUACUGACCGUUACCACGUACACUAACACCAGCGGAUCCUGUGUCACGACGUACAACUCUAAUUUGCCUGUAUUGCCGCCAUUACCUCAACCCACAGUAUCGCCUCUGCCGAAACGGGGCCCGAAACGUCCCAAGAAAGCUGAAGUUGUGAGGAAGUGUACGAAGAGAAAACUGACGGAGAAGAGAGUCAAGAGGAAGAAAGAGAUGUUAUUAAACAGGAGCAAGUAUAAUUCCACUAUACCCUCGGGCCAAUCACACUGGCGGGACCUGUACGAGCUGGCUAUGACAAAUCAUUAUAGUCCGGAAUUAAGAGCUAAAAUCAUGAAAUACAGCAGCAAACUCGGAAGCACGCCGAAUAUGGCUUCGGCUAUUACAGCGCAUUUAUGUACUACGGUACCACAUGCGGGCGGGAAAAUACUCAUCGCCACAAAAGAACUGAAAGAAAAUACUCCUGUUAUAGAAUUACGAGGCAAGUACAUGCUUUCAAAUCAACACAGGCCUCAACUGCAAAACACUGCUCGGGCGGGAAGCCAAAAACCGGGUCCCUUUGUGUUCUUCUACAGGUUACCGAAAGAUAAUACACAAAUAUGUAUCGACACUCGGACCUAUGGGAACGAGGCGAGAUUCGUUCGUAGAUCCUGUAAACCGAAUGCCGAAUUGCAACACUGCAUAGUUAAAGGAGCGUUGCACGUCUACUUGGUGUCCAUUACUGACAUACCGUCGAAUACUGAAAUAACCGUCGGUCAUGACACGAACGGCAGCAAACAGCCUUGCGCCUGCGGGAAUCCCAAGCACUGCAAGGUGAACGGGUUGAGUGUGAUCGUGCCUCGCAAAAGCUUGGACUACCCUCAGAGAGAGAAAAGUAAAAGGAGCAGAUGUUACAGUUCCUCGUCACCGGUCUCUCCGCCGCCAGCUCCGGUUUUGCCCACAGUGAAGGAUAUUCCAGCGCCAUUUUCACCAAAAUGUGAGAAGAAGUCUCCUCUCAAAUAUGAGUAUCCACCGAUGUCCCCUGUGAAAGAACCGCCUGUAUUGUCGUUAGAUUAUAAUCCGGCACCGUUGAAGUUUGACCUGUUCCAAGACUUCAAACAGGAAAAUCAAGAGUUCGAUCUCACCGCCAAAGAAGAGAUGAAGUCUGAUUUGGACGAGCCAGAUUUUAUCAAAAUCGAGCCUAAAGUUGAAGAGCCUUUACUUGAACCGGAAGAGGAACCCGAACCGGAAACGAUUCCAGUUCCGGACGAACCGGAGCCUGAACCUGUUACAGAGGAAAGCCUGGAAACCAAAGAGGAAAUGCUUCUGUCGCCACCGCCGCCUCCACCGCCGCCCGAAGAACCAGAACCAGAACCGGAGCCGGAACCAGAACCAGAACUGGAUCCUGAACCGGAACCGGAACCAGAAGUUGAUAGAAAAGACGAGGAACAGGCGACAGAAUUUAAAAGCGAAGCUGAAAGACCUGUGACCAGGGAAUUGGCAGCUAAGUCAGCAUGUCACGACAGGUCGGCACGGUCUAGCCGCACCACGUGCGUCAACCAAGACUCGCUGGACUACAAGACCGACGACUCACAGGACAAGCUCCCCACCAAGACCAGUAAAGAUAAAGACAAACGGAAAAUGACUCGGGAAGAACGCAAGAUGGAAGCGAUAAUGAAGGCUUUUGAGAGAAUGGAAAAGGCACAGCAGCGGAAGCAGGAAGUGAAAGAAAGACAGAAGAGAAGAGAGUCAGACCCACAUCCUCACACUGAGAAAGAGGAAGAAGAGGACUUGAACUGCCUCUCCAAGAAGAGAAAGAAACGUAAAGGACGCGCCCGGACAGCGUCUCAGUCGAAUAGACGCAGGUUGAACUCCGCUGAUAGUGAUAUGGUGACGUCAGGAGACGAGGCACAGGCUAUGUCGCCCAGAGCACCGUCCAGGCAGGACCAGUCUCUCCCGUCCGCAGACACAGAUAGGCCACACGAAGCCGCAGAGGAUCUCGGACUGAGUCCCGCGUGUCUGCUGGUGGAGGCGGCCGUGGGUUCGGUGGAAUCGGCCUUCAAACUUCCAAAGACGAAGAAGACUAUGGCGACUGAAUGGGUCGGCAGGUCUCCCGAGAGGACGCCUUCGCCGUACCAAUCGCCUUACAGACCGGCCUUAGUGUCAGCGCCCUCGCUGGAGAGUCUCGUCCGAGUGGCGUCCACAAUGAUAGGAGACCUCAGUAGGACCCCUGACUACCAGGACGACGAGCAUCACUCGCCGCCGCGGACACCGGGCAGAGACAGGAACAGACCUCCGAAGAAGGCGAGGCGGAUAACGAGGAGCAACCCCGCGGAAGUCACCGAAGUGCUUCCGGUGCAACAUAGUGCCAAGAAGAGAUGGCUGCGGCAAGCCAUCAGCGAGGAAAGCGACUCCCCGAACGUCGAAACAUUCGUUCCAGAAUCGCCGCCAAACGAAAUGGUCACACCCUUGAAAAAGAGGCGCAUGGCGAGGGAAUCUCUCUCCUGCGAACAGAACCCGAUCGUGCCUUGCAACGAUGAGACGUCGCCGAUAUUGACAUCGGAGGACUCCCCAGUAAAGGACGACUCGCUAUGUUUAGCGCGUCAGUACAAGAGGAACAUCAUGGACAUGUACAGUCGGGACAGGACGCGCUCGGACAGCGGGCAGGGGUCGGACGACCAGUGUAACAUAGACCACGACGUCCUCAACGUCAACAUCAAGGGAGCCCACGACACCGAACACAUCAGGCGAAUCAUAGGAGUCCCCACGCCCGAGGACGAGGCGCCGCCCGAGAUCACCGGCUCGAGCUCACCGGUCAACAACAACAACAACCUGGAGCUGGAGGAGAGUCUGUACGAUAAAGUCGUACCCAUGGACAUAGACACCACCGUCAUCACGCAGACCAAGAUAGAGUCCAACGACCUGCUGGCGGACAUGAAGGGCAUCGAGAGCCCCAACGACAAGGCGAACAGCUCCCAGUCCGCAGACACCAGCGGCAACUCCUCGCCGCAGAGAGACGAGAUGGACGACAUACAGAAAAAGAUACACUCCUUCCACACCGAGAACAUCAUGAUACUGAAGAGCAGGAACAAGAAACCGCCCAAGGAAAAGAGGAAGAAGGUCAACCUGAACUUCGACCUCAACAUGGUGGAUGACCGGGUCAGCAUACAGUUGCGGACCGACGACGACUCCAGCUCCAAGUCCUCGGAGCUCAACGGAGACGGCCACGACGACCCUGACGACAAGCUGCACGUGGCGCCAGAGAACAUUCCGCUGCCGCCCGUGGAGUCCAUCCCGCUGCCCGCGCCAGAGACCAUCCCGUUGCCCGAGGAACCCGCCCCGCUGGCGCUCAUCUCCUCCCCCGAGACCAUCCCGCUGCCCGAGGAGACCAUGAAGCCUCUCAAACCCGUCAACGCCAUCCCCCACACGGAGAGAGCCGACCGGAGAGAAAAGGAGCCCGCCGACACGAUGUCCUUCUCCACCAGGUUCAAUUCCACCGGCCUGUUCUCGGGGAUAUUCAGCAACAUCGCGCACAAGUAUAGAGUGGACGGCUGCAUCAACGAAAACAUACCCAACAUGUCGAUCAUUAAGAGUGCUAUAGACAGGACUACAAGUUUAGAUAAUAGUUUGUUCGACAAGGAGAGUGCGGGUCAGGUGGACGAGCUGAAGAGUGUACAGGAGAUCCUCACCCGCGUUAACAAUAUGGACUCUAAUAACAGUGUGUUGUUGUCGGGGGUGCUUCGGGGCUCGGGGGUCGCGGGCGGCGCGGCAGGGAGCGGCUCCACCCCCCUCCGAUACGGAGCGAGGGUCAACGACCCGCGCCUGCAUCCGCCACCGCAGGACAAACCGAAACCUGUCAGGAGAAAGCUGUCUAUAUCAGAGUACCGCCUGCGACAUAAAUGUGUGGAGGGGAGCGAGUGGGGCGGCGGGGAGGCCGGGGAGGAGGAGGGCUCGCGCUCCUCCGCCUCGCUCUCCCCGCAGAGACUGGACGCGGCCGCGGCGCUGGCGGCCGACGACCUGGAGCAGAGGCUGCACAGGGACCUGGCCGCGCACCAACCCAAGGGCGUGUUCGACGCUCAGCCGACGGCGUCUGAACGACAGAGAGAGAACCUCAGCUCGCGGCUGCGAAGAGAGUUCGGUCUGGCGCUGCCCGAGGAGGAACACCACGAACACGAUCCCUCCAAGAGGUGCGACAGGUAGAGCCGGCCGCCAGCUCGGCGCCGCCCCGACGCGUGUUUGGAUUUUCUUCAUUUCAUUUUCAAACGUUUUCUGCGAGUACAAAUUGUUUUUUUAUUAUUAUUAUUCCUCUCUGUACAUAUUGUAUAUAGGUGUUGUAAGGAACCCGUCGUGGUACGCGCGUAUGAUGGUAUAUAUAAAAAAGAUUUUUAUAUAUAUGUACACGUUUAUGUAUCUUGAAUAUGUUUAUUUAUUAGACGUGUCGUCUCGGUCGGUUAAGAGUUUUGUACGCAUAAUGUGUAAGUAAAUUAUAGUUGUUUUAUUGUUUGUUUUUAUAUUUGUAUACCGGCGGCGGGUCCGGCGCCCGGCGACACUCAUACAGUUUAAAUGUUUUGUUAACGGAAUAUAUAUGAGAUGCUUUUAGAAUUUGCUGUGCAAGUGAUGUUUACGCGUGUAAUGAAGAGUAUGACGCUGUGAUGUAGGCUGAGAAUUAAACAAUGGCGUGCGUAACACGAGUCGGCGUCGGCACAUUGGGUACGGCGUUGGUAGUUUAUUCAAUAAUCUACACAGUGCAGUAUUAGCGGUGGCUAUAGAACGAGAAACGGCAAACUGUCCGUAUUCGGUGUGCCGAUGUAAACUUGUGGUAGGCGUACAGCCCGCGAAGUGCUUUAUUAUACAUUAAAUACGAAGAAUGGAACAUCGACGGCAUUAUACUCUGCGAAGGUUGUUACUAGUGAGGGACUGACUGAGCGGAGACUCCGAUAUUAAUACCUUUGACAAAUAAAAUUAAGAAAAAAAAAAUGUAUAAAUUAGCUAUUAUUUUUCAACAUUGAUGAAAUUGUGACUUUAUCUAACAGUUAAUAAGCCGAGCGUGUGUGAUGUAACAACGAAUAGCCAGCCCAGUGAUGAGUUCUAUAUUCGCUCGUUUUCUAUAGAGGCCUAAUAUUUUUUUUGCCGAAUUUUACUUUAAGGUUUUAUAUUGUGGUUGCUAUGUGUCGUAGUGUGACUACGAACCCAGCCCAGUCCGUGAGCCGGCCACAGAUUAUAAAGAAAUAGAAGAGUCGCGUGCCGAAUGGCUGUUAUAUAUUCUGUGGAAGCAUUUGUAACAGCUUCGAUGCCGAACCUGUACUGUUUAGAUAAUCUCAUGUGAAUUUUAAGUUAUGUAUUGCUUUUAUAUAUAUUUCUCUAUAGUCUAGGAGACCUCGUCAAGUAACCGCCUAAACGUUAUUUAAUAAGGCACAUAGACCCGUAAAAAAUUUGUGUUCAUUGAUAAUCUUAAUAUACGCGAUGUUAUCAGAUAACCCGAUGAUUUUUUCCGCUUACAGAACUUUUAUUAUGUGUUUCAUUAUAUUUAAAAUAUAACUGUUUUGUACAAACCAAUCGCCGCCGAUCGGAUUUAACGUAAUAUAUUUUUAUCGUUCACAUAUUUAUUAAUUUAUUUAUACUUUAAAAAAAUGGUCACGCUUACGUUCCGUUCGUUGCGUUCGUUACGUUUUGUAUAUAUCCGGACGCGUAACAGUAUAUAAUAGAUCUAUCUACUUACGGAAACAUCUACACAUUGCAUAAUUAUUAUAUCUAGGUAUUAGAAACGGUUGCAAUACGCCUAAAGGCAAACAAACAAACAUAUAGCGAGUAGAUCGAUAGGAAUUAACAAUGAUCCGAGGUUUAUUUGUGAUUUUAUAUUUUUGUAUAGAAAAAAAAUAAUAAUAAAUAAUAAUAAUAAUAAAAUUGUAGACUAUAUUUUGGAUCCGAUUUUAUGAUUGGUGAUGAAGCGGCGGGCGUGAGGGGAGCCGAGGACUUGUAAAUAUAAUGGGGUCGCUCUGUAAAUGUCAUCGGGAAGCGGUAUGUCGAGAGCUGUACAUAGAGGGGACGACGGCUGGCUCUAGCAGCGAGCGUGUCCGAGGAGAAAUGUUUGUGAUAAAAUUUUAAAUAUCAUAAAGUAGAACAGUGUCUUGUAAAUAAUGUUAAUUGUAAGCAAAAUGCUGCAUAUAUUUUGUUAAAGAUGUCCCAAAUAGUAUGAUUUGCGUCGGCGGACCGCGGCUGCGGCGCGCUGCAAUAUAAUAUAUCGGUUUAUUUUAAGGUUUAAGCGGAUCGUAACAUAGAGCUGUGUAUUAUCCAGAUGUUAAAUAAUUAUUAUUUCCUUCUUAAUGUUUGAGGUAAGCAUGUAAAAUUUAAAAUAAUAUAGAAUAAAAGAUGUUAUGAUAAUUAAUUACAUAAAAUCUUGGUUUAAA